GUUUCCGAACAUAGACUAACACUCAUCUCCCACAGAAAGACAGAAUACAAACAACACGGUCGAGUUCCUCAAAUCCUAUUUUCUAUCUCCAAUGGCACAAAUGAACCUACCAAGCCACCACGACGAGACCAAGACAGAGUUCGAGAAGAAUCAGAAACGAUACCAAGACCUCAUCGCCACGUUUCCUCACGUCAAAGGCUGGUUUCCAAAAGCUCCGCUGAUCGAGUACGGUGGCCACUGGAUUUUACAGCUUCUCCUAGAAAGUUGCCUUUACGCGCAAGAGUUCUUCCAAGCGCGACCCAUUGACUUUUUCGUUUGUAGCUACCCAAAGACAGGUUCCACUUGGCUCAAAGCUCUAACUUUUGCCAUCGCCAAUCGAUCUAGCUUGGAAGAUUCCUCGAACCCUCUCCUAAAACGUAACCCUCAUGAGCUUGUACCUUUCAUUGAGAUUGAAUUCGCUUACUUCCCUCAAGUUAAUUCUCUCAAAGACAAAGGAAACACUCUGUUUUCGACUCACUUGCCCCACGGGUUAUUGCCCGAAUCAGUUGCGAAAUCGGGUUGUAAGAUGGUUUACAUCUGGAGAGACCCAAAGGACACAUUCAUCUCCAUGUGGACUUUUUUCCAAAAGCAAAACUCAGGAAAGGGCCCUCUACAUAGUCUUGAGGAGUGUUUUGAUAUGUUCUGUGGAGGUUUCUCUGGGUACGGUCCUUAUCUAGACCAUGUCUUAGGGUAUUGGAAAGCUUACCAAGAGAAUCCAGAUCAUGUUUUUUUCCUCAAGUACGAGACGAUGAGAGCUGAUCCUUUGUCGUAUGUGAAGAGACUGGCUCAGUUUAUGGGUUAUGGAUUCACAGCUGAGGAAGAGAAGAAAGGUGUUGUUGAGAAAGUUGUAAAUCUUUGCAGUUUCGAUACGUUGAAGAAUCUUGAAGUGAACGAAGGGGAGAAAACAAGAGAAGAUAUCUCUUGGGUUUACUAUCCGAAUAGCGCCUUCUUUAGAAACGCAAAGGUCGGAGAUUGGCACAACUACCUUACUCAGGAGAUGGCAGCUCGAAUCGAUGGAUUGAUGCUAGAGAAGUUCAAAUAUUCCGGUUUGCUUGAACAUGAUAUAUGACACAGGUCACAUAGCAUACGUUGUAUUAAGUUAUAUAAUGGAAGAAUAAAUCUUGAUGUUGUUUUGUCUAAAUGAACUGUUUCUAAUUAAAAAGGAAUUGGCUUUACAAGUUGCAACCA